GAGCACGGCACGGCACUCAUAAAACCCCACCUUACCUAAUCUAAUUCACCUGCCUGGCUUGGCGCCGAUCCAUCACUCAUCUUUACUUUUUUUUUUCUUUGGUGGGGGACAUACGCCGCCACGCGCUUUAGUCAACUAUUCAGCGAAUGAGGCUGAUCCUGUCGGCGACAGUCAUCUCAUAAUCCUCACAAUUCACCCGGCGUAAAUCUGCAUGAAAAAUGCUACGUCGUCAAGAUGCCUUACAUCGAUGACGGAUUUGAGGCUCUUCUUGAGCCUUUCUACAACGGAAAGAAAUUGACUGACCCUAUCUCCACCGUCGACGACAAGAACCAAUUACUACCGGCGUUCUUGAAGGUCAAAGGUCUAGUAAAACAACAUAUUGACUCAUACAACUUUUUCGUGGAUCAUGAGAUUAAGGAAAUCGUCAAAGCCAACCGCACUCUCAAGAGCGAUGUCGACAGUAGUUUCUGGAUUGAAUUUAUGGAUAUCCGGGUUGCUCCCCCGGAUCGUUCCGAAUUCGACGAGUUUAGAAUACAAAAUGAGAUCACACCUAUGGAAUGUCGCUUACGAGACAUAACGUAUUCCGCCAAGAUCCUCGUUGAUAUCGCAUAUACCCGUGAGAAACAGAAGAUCAUUCGCCGUAAUGUUGAACUCGCUCGCAUGCCGGUUAUGUUACGAAGCAAUAAAUGUCGACUAUACAAUGCCAACAACGCUCAGAUGGAGCUCAUGAACGAAUGUCCCCUUGACCCUGGUGGAUACUUCAUCAUCAACGGAACCGAGAAGGUCAUCCUUGUCCAGGAGCAGCUGAGCAAGAACCGAGUCAUUGUUGAGGCAGACGAGAAGAACAGUGUUAUUAUGGCAUCAGUCACUAGUUCUACUCAUGAGAGAAAAUCCAAGACUUAUGUGGUUUGGAAAAAGGAUCGGAUUAUGCUUCAACAUAACGUCCUCGUCGAGAACAUACCAAUCGUAAUUGCCCUCAAAGCGCUUGGUGGACUCUCCGACUACGAGAUAAUGUAUCUCGUCUGUGGAUCCGAUGGGAGAUUCCAGGACGAUUUCGCCGUUAACUUCGAAGAAGCGACCAGGAAUGGUGUUUUCACACAGCAGCAAGCGUUAGACUUUAUUGGGGCAAGGGUAAAGAUGGGUGGCAGAGGAAGACAAGCAGGGGGUCCGCCUCAAGCUCGACGUAGUACCAUCGAAGAAGGCCUUGACGCCCUGUCCAACCUCAUCAUCGCACAUAUCUCCGUCGAAGGUCUAGAUUUCUACCCCAAAGCUAUCUACAUCGCUAUGAUGGUCCGUCGCGUACUCAUGGCCCGAUAUAACCCGAAGUUGGUCGAUGAUCGAGAUUUCGUUGGCAACAAACGAUUGGAGUUGGCAGGACAACUUCUAUCCCUGCUAUUUGAAGAUCUAUUCAAGAACUUUAUGGCCCAACUCAAGACCGCAGUCGAGAUGAACCUGAGGAAACAAAAUCGCGCUAUCGCCGUAGAUCCUCUAGUACAUGUCGGUGCUCAAGGAAAACACAUUACCGAAGGUAUGAAUCGAGCCAUACAGACGGGUAAUUGGAGUGUGAAGCGAUUCAAGAUGGACCGAGCUGGUGUGACGCAUGUUCUGAGCCGUCUCAGUUACAUUAGCGCCCUUGGAAUGAUGACUCGUAUAAGCAGUCAGUUCGAAAAGACAAGAAAAGUCAGUGGUCCUCGUGCUCUACAACCUUCUCAAUGGGGUAUGUUAUGUACUUCUGAUACACCCGAAGGUGAGGCUUGUGGUUUGAUUAAAAACCUGGCCCUUAUGACGCAUAUUACGACCAACGUGGAAGAGGACCCUGUUAAGAAAUGGGCGUUCACGCUGGACUCUGGGCUCGAACCUCUUCGGUGCUUCUCUGGAUCCGAAAUGCAUAGAAAGGGUACGUACAUUGUCUAUAUCAAUGGUACUCCUUUUGCCUUAGCGCGAUAUCCUAAGCGGUUCGCUGCUAAGUUCCGUACUAUGAGGCGACGAGGGUGGGUAUCCCCAUUUGUUAGCAUUAACGUCAACAACAACCUCUCGGCCGUACAUAUCGCUACCGACGAGGGACGCAUUUGCCGACCGUAUAUAAUAGUCAAAAACGGCGAGGCAAAGAUAAAAGAAAGUCAUCUAAGAAUGCUACAAGCUGGGAAUGCUACAUUUGAUGACUUUUUAAAGCAAGGCAUUGUCGAGUAUCUCGAUGUUAACGAAGAGAACGACACGCUAGUGGCCCUCUAUGAGAAGGAUAUCACUAAAGCGACGACGCAUCUCGAAAUCGAACCAUGCACGAUACUAGGGGCUGUUGCCGGCCUAAUUCCGUUCCCUCAUCACAACCAAUCUCCCAGAAAUACGUAUCAAUGUGCUAUGGGUAAGCAAGCUAUCGGAGCUAUUGCUUACAACCAAUUCAACCGCAUCGACACUCUUCUAUAUACUAUGGUUUACCCUCAACGACCGAUGGUUAUCACAAAGACUAUCGAACUUAUACAUUACGACAAGCUGCCCGCUGGGCAAAAUGCGACCGUAGUCGUCAUGUCGUAUUCGGGUUACGAUAUCGAAGAUGCUCUCGUUCUAAAUAAGGCGUCCUGCGAUCGUGGGUUCGGACGAGUUCAGGUGUUCCGCAAGUACACUGCGGACCUCCAGAAAUACGCCAAUGGGAGUCGCGAAAGGAUUGGAGACAAGGAUGAUUCCCAGGCGAAAAAUAUAGCACUUGGUCAUGACGGGUUGGCUGACGUAGGCUACCCCGUCAACAACGGUGACGUGCUCAUCAAGAAAGAGAGCCCCGUGGAUAUAACCCCUGUACUCGGAGCAGGAUCCAAGGGGCAGGAAUUCCGCGAGACGCCACUGUCGUAUCGUCUGUCAGAUCCGGCGUAUGUUGACAAGGUUAUGGUUUCCCAGACAGAAAGGGGGACUCAGCUCGUCAAGGUCCAGACUAGACAGACCAGGAGACCUGAACUGGGAGACAAGUUCUCCUCACGACACGGACAGAAAGGUGUGGUGGGAAUUAUCGUGGAUCAGGAAGAUAUGCCAUUUUCGGACACGGGCCUCGUACCUGAUAUUAUCAUGAACCCCCAUGGUUUCCCGUCUCGUAUGACGGUCGGCAAGUUGCUCGAAUGCUUAACGGGCAAGGCUUCGGUAGUUAAAGGGCGCAAAGAUUACGGAUACGGUGACGCUUUCAGAUCUCACCCUCUCGAACAUAUGAGUAGGGAAUUAGUUGAUGCCGGAUUUUCCUGGGAAGGAAAGGAUUACUUCACGUCGGGAAUAACAGGCGAGCCGUUACAAGCCUACAUCUUCAACGGACCUAUCUACUACCAGCGACUAAAGCACAUGGUUCAAGAUAAGAUGCACUCCCGAUCACGUGGCCCCCGCGCCAUCCUUACCCGUCAACCUACUGAAGGUCGAUCCAGGGACGGUGGUCUUCGUCUCGGAGAAAUGGAACGAGAUUGUUUGAUCGCUUACGGCGCUUCGCAACUUCUUCUCGAGCGUCUAAUGAUCAGCUCGGACGCAACUGAGAUUGACAUAUGCGAACGAUGUGGUCUUUUUGGUUACAAGGGGUACUGUAGUACGUGCCGCAGUAGUCACGAAGUCGCCCGCAUGACUAUGCCGUAUGCUGCGAAGUUGCUCAUUCAAGAACUCAUCAGCAUGAACGUCGGUGUAAGACUGCAGUUGGAGGAUGAAUUCCCGCACCCGAGAUGAUGUAAUGAGGGGAAUGUGAAUUAGAUACUUUUGAUCAGCAUCUGGGCGGCGUUAUUUGUGCAUGGAAAAGCAUAGCAUUGGCAUGACUUGGCGCGUUAGGCUUCUUCUAGGUACAAAAAUAAGACUGGGAUUUGCAAAUAAUUACUCGAGAUAUUCUACAAGUGACUUAUAGAUGUG